UCCCCAGCCCUUUUAUCGCGCAAACUCAACUCUUCCCAUGGCAGUGACAUCGAAACAUGGCAACCCUGGGAGGGGAGGAACUGGUGAUGGCCGAAGGGGAUGAGGAACGAGAAAGGGAAAAACAAGAAGAGGAAUACGAAGAGAGAGUCCGAUUAUUGCUUACAAUGUGCUACGAUGAAGGACGGUGCCCUGAGGACAUCCCACUCGAAGAGGUGGAGAUCGAAGGGAAUGAGGCGGUCGUGACAGUCGACGCUCGAUUCGAUGCCAUCAAAGUGCGUUGGUUAAAGGAGAGAACAGUAGUUAUAAUUUUUAGGUAUGAGGCGAGGAACUUACCGAGGAAGGUAAAAGAGGACAUUGUUCGGGCAUAUGAAAAUGGCUGGAAUAAAGAGGGUAUAUUCGACCCCCCCAUAGAGAAGGGUAGAAUCAAAUUCGAGGGACCGAAUGUGAUAUCGUAUGUAGCUAAGAACUGUGAAGUGGCCGAAUGGAUGAUCAAUGAGGGAAUGGGGGAAGUUAUGCUGAAGAGAAAGCGAUACGUUUUCGAGACCAAAGCGUGGAUGCCAAGGGCCGAAUGGCAAGAAUUCGGAAGGAUCGAAUUGGAAAAGACUUUCUGGAUUUUAGCAAUUCAGGUACCCCUCGACGCAUACGUAUAUCUACACUCGGCUCUGACGAAGGUAAUCGGCCCAGUGGUAAAAAUGGACUCUCCAGAUCGUUUUUCCCCCAACCCCAGACUGCUCAACAUUCGAUGUGAACUAAACCCGGAGUGCAGAGAGAGAUUCGUAGACAGGCUCUGGGUCAGGCUGACGACGGGAGGAAUGGUGGAGGUCAGGUUAGCUAAUGCCGCUACCCCGUAUUGCAAUCACUGUAGAUGGUAUUUCCACACCGAAGAUGAGUGCACAAGAAAGAAAAGCAAUCCCAACAGGAGACGGGGCAGAUCCGGACAGAAGAAGCAGGUCGUCCUAUCGGACGAAGAGGAUGACAGAUCCUCCAGGUCUUUGAGUUCCCAAUCAGAGGGCAGCAUCGCGUUCACGAGACGCAGAGGAGCAAAUAGAUACAAGGGACCGCUGUCACACGAGCAUUCAAGCGGCUCUGUGAUGCGUAACAGAGGCGCCUCCCCCCCCCCACCGCCUCAUCCGCUCUAUGAGCGGGUGGGUGGUGGAACAGGGAACAGUAAUGGCUUGACCAAUGGGGUAGGAAGGGGAGUCGUUAACGGGAACGAUCCAGGGUUCACUUGGGGCUCCUCCGCUUCAGAAGGGCAAAAUGCAGGAUGCCUAAGACGAUUGGACUUUGCUCUCAUGAGCCCGCAGUGGUGGGACGCGUCCCUCAAUGUGGAAGUGGUGGUGGUGGACCUCGACUUGCGCAUCACAGACGUUUUCGUCGGUUACCCGGGGAGCUGCCAUGACAUUCAGGUGCUUCAGCUCUCCAGUCUGUGGUCGCGUGCGGAGGAGGGGGAUCUUUUCCGUGGGCCUGCUGUUGUGCUGCUGUUCGGAGUGAAGACACACAGUUACAUUCUGGGCGACAACGGGUAUCCGCCACUGGAGUGGAUUGUCGUGCCGUACGAGGGGACCAAUCAAGUCCCCGACGAGGAGAGGUUCGACAACAAGCAAAAGGUCGCCAGGGGAGCAGUGGAGAAAGCUUUCAGGAGAUUGAAAGGGAUGUGGAGGCUGUUCCUCCGCACACACAAGACGAAUAUGGACACUCUCCCACAACAGUUCCAGGCCGUGUGCAUUCUGCACAACAUCCUCCUUGACGCUGGCAUGGAGUUCGACGAGAACUUGCUGUGGGAGGUGGAUGCUAAUGGCAUGUGCCGGCGAGUGGACUUGGGGUUGGAUCAUCCACCCCACCCCAUUGCUGAGAACUUCAAUCGGCCCCGUGCGUUGGCGUUACGCGAGGCAUUGGCGGAGCGGAUGAAACACGCGUGAAGGCGCGCACCGCGUCGACGGCGCGUGGCUCUGCCGUCCUUUUGGAGGUCGUGCUGGGGUCAUCGUCCAACGGAGGCGUUCUGUGUUCUGUCCCUGUCGC